GGCCCAUACAAAAGGAAAUAAUAGUGCAGCGAAAACACAAGAGAAAAGAAGAGGAAGAAGAAGAAGCAGGAGAUUCGAUACUAACAAAGACAAUGUCGUGGAGAUGGUUAGAAGCAGCAUUACCGCUAGGAAUAAUAGCAGGAAUGCUAUGUGUUAUGGGCAACGCUCAGUACUACAUCCACAGAGCCGCUCAUGGACGGCCAAAGCACAUCGGUAACGAUAUGUGGGAUGUUGCUAUGGAGAGAAGGGACAAGAAACUCGUGGAGAAUCUCUCUGCUCCUUCUCCUAAUUAGGUUGCUUUCUCUAUGACUCCUGUCUCCUGAAAAAGGAAUAAAGUGCUCAUCUGAUAUUUGCAUCUUGCUAGAGAAGUCUGACGAGCAGCAUUACUUUUGAUGUUCAUUAUGUUUUGUUUGUUUGUCAAUUUGCAUGAAUUUUUGAACUUUGAAAACAAAUUAUGACCUCCACUUCCUCUUAUGAAUUAAACUAUCAUAUUGAAGUUGGUUUUGUAA